UAUCCCAACCCAACAAUAACAUAGAGAAGUAUCCAAGACAAGUAAAGCGCAGACACACCGAAGUUCCCGGUUGCGCCCGUCGACCUGAAUAAUCUGCACGCUGAUUGGCUCCGGCCCGGAUUACGAGAGUGGCCGGGCUACAUAAGGGAAAAACUUGCUCUCUCCCUUUCCACAAUUUUCCUUCAAACUUGUACAACUAUUAAUCUACCAUUAUAUCCUUUAUAAUACCUCACAAUGGCCCCCAAGAACGACUCCUUCGCUCCCGUCCACUCCAUGAUGGCCGUCUCAGCAGUCAUGGACAGAAAGAGACAAGAAUCCCAAGAUGCCGCCGACGCAGAAGCGAAACAGGCCGCCGAAACAAUGGCUAACGCGACUUCCACUUCAGGUGACGCCGCCAAGGGUGCCAAGCUCUUCCAGACCCGUUGCGCUCAGUGCCACACUGUCGCGGCUGGCGAACCCCACAAGGUCGGCCCCAACUUGCACGGUCUCUUCGGCCGUAAGACCGGUUCCGCCGAUGGUUACGCCUACACCGACGCCAACAAGCAAGCCGGUGUUGAGUGGAACGAGGAUACUCUCUUCAAGUACCUCGAGAACCCCAAGAAAUUCAUUCCCGGCACCAAGAUGGCCUUCGGUGGCCUCAAGAAGGGCAAGGAGCGCAACGACCUCAUCACUCACCUCAAGGAGGCCACCGCAUAGAUGAUUUGACGACUUUCGGCAUUCUUUUUUUCGGUUCACUUGGCGUGGGCUGAUUACCGGGUAUCCAAAGAACCGGGCAUGUAUUAUUAUUACACCCACAAUAGAUUUUGAUCUCCUCUUUGUCCCUACUUUGCAG